GGGGACGGGGACGGGGACGUGCCCCGGUGCGGCGGGCGCGGGGUGCUCGGAGCGCGGCCGCCUCGGCCCGGCCCCGCGUCCCCUCCGCGCUGACAGCCCGCCUCUCCUCUCUUCUUUCUUUUUUUUUUUUUUUUUUUUGAAGUGUGACUGAAACAAAACAAAGCAAAAGGGACGCUGGAUCUAUCAUUGGUUGCUUUUCCUCCUCUUUUUUUUUAUGAUCCCAAACACCCCCCUCCAGAGCAAACAAACACACACAAAGCAGAGCAGGGGCCGGCCGGCAGCAGCAUGGAUGUCUUGGCUAGUUAUAGUAUAUUCCAGGAACUGCAGCUUGUCCACGACACCGGCUACUUCUCAGCUUUGCCAUCCUUGGAGGAGAACUGGCAGCAGACAUGCCUCGAGUUGGAGCGAUACCUUCAGACUGAACCACGGAAGAUCUCUGAGAGCUUUGGUGAGGACUUGGACUGCUUUCUUCAUGCCUCCUCAGCUCCAGAUGCGGAGGACAGUAUCCGACGGCUGGAUCCCAUUCUUUUGCCAGUGGAGACGAGUAUGUGUGACAAAAGCACCAACAUGGACAUUAUCCUCUCACGGGACAAGCUGCUGUCUGAGACGUGCCUCAGCUUGCAGUCCACCAGCUCUUCCACAGAAAGCUACACGGCCGUUAACCAGGCCCAACUCAAUGCAGUAACCUCAUUAACACCCCCUUCCUCUCCGGAGCUCAGCCGCCACCUUGUAAAAACCUCACAGACUCUCUCGGCAGUGGAUGGCACAGUGACUUUGAAAUUGGUGGCCAAGAAAUCUUCCCUCAGCUCCAUGAAAGUGAGUGUAGCGGCAGCAACCGCAGGGACAAUAAAGAGCGGGCAAAGUGACAGUGAACAAGGAGGACCAGGACUGGAAGCAUCUCCAGAAAACAAGAAGAGGGUUCACCGCUGUCAAUUUAAUGGGUGCCGGAAGGUUUAUACAAAGAGCUCCCACUUAAAGGCUCACCAGAGGACUCAUACAGGUGAGAAGCCUUACAAGUGCUCGUGGGAAGGGUGCGAGUGGCGUUUUGCACGGAGCGACGAGCUCACGAGGCAUUACAGAAAGCACACGGGUGCAAAGCCCUUUAAAUGCAACCAUUGUGACAGGUGUUUUUCCAGGUCUGAUCACCUUGCCCUCCACAUGAAGAGGCACAUCUAAGUAUCUGUCAGCUUGGCAUGGAUGACAUCUGAGCUAAGUGUUGUGAGAUGAAAGUGGAACUCAAGUUAUAAUGUGCUGCCUUGCAGGAGAAGAGAACUCUAUCACAUGUAACCCUCUGUACAGAGACCACACACUCACACUGUCAUACACCCAGUUAUACUUCAGUACAUCCGUUGGUUCUUUAUGCCUUGCCCCAGCUGGAUGGGAGAAGAUGCAGGCGAGGAAAUGCUGUAGAGGUGAAGUCAAUGAGAAGGAACAAUUGCUUACAGUACUUCAUCUCUCUUGGAUUUGUUUCCUGGUUUUGCCGAUGGAAAAUAAAGGAAAUGGAGGAGGCUUUCCUGCAGGUGGACGGCAGUAGGAGGGGCUUAUUUAACUUGCUUCUCAGUGCAACUCAAUAGGAGAAAAUGUCGUCUUGAAGUUGCAUAUUUGUAGCACUAACUUUCUUUUUAAAUAGAUGGGGGGAAAACAAUGACCUAGAAAACCAAAUCCCAGUUUGGUAGCCAAAUUAACCUCGUGGUUCAUUUGUUCUUUGUCUGAGGAUUCCUAAUGUUCAAUGCAUCAGACUUUUCACAGACACUUUGACCUGUCUUGGUUUUUGUUCUUCUUCCUAGAACUGAGCUAUUGAGAUCCAUUUAAGUCAAUACCAGUAGCCUUAAUGGCAGUAGACUGUGGAGUGACACUUGUUACACAAAUAUCCUCUCUUUGGCCUGAGUUUAUGUAGACUUCACGGAGGACUAUAUUUUUUUUUGUUCUUGUUUUUGUUUUAAUUUUUGUUUUUGGCUAUUGCACAACAUAUGCACUAGGGACUCUGGAAGCUGCUGCCAUGAUGGCUAAGUGGCCAAGGGAUAAACUCUGAGAAACAGCAUCUAAUAUCUCUGUAGGCCUCACCUUAUCGCCAUAGCUAGAACUUCUUGUUUAUUUGUUGAAUGAAAACUUUAAAAGCUUAUUUGGAAGCUUAAACCUUUUUUUCUCUUUUCUCUACGAACAAGUGAUCUUCAGAACUCCUUGUCUUCACCUGGAUAUCGGUCUGGGACUGGCCACACAGGCAUGACUACAGGAUUCCUUCCACAUCAUGUGAGCAUGUUAGCCACAACUCACAGUGACUUAGUGAUGAAUUAUGUUGCUUUUUCUUGCAGUUCUUCUAAUAACCAAUUUAAAACAUUAGACUUUUGGGUAAAGAGCACCUGCAGACAUUUUAAUUUAAACUUGAUGUUUUUCGAACAUCUUAUACACUCUCAAACAAACAAGCCAAAAAUCCUGCUCCAGUCACUGAGUGGGAAAUAGAGAACUUCUUCCAAGUACAAUGGCUUCAUUCAGCAUUAGCCUUUUAAAGAAAUUAUGAAAGUCCUCCUUUUCCAUUCAUCAAGUUGAUGUUGUAGCCUGCUCCUAUGUGUAACAGUGUAAACAGUGAAGGAAGGGUUGGGUUUUAUGUACAGCAAUGAGACUUUUCUGAAUGAUUGAUCUAAAGUGCUAAUAACCUUGAGGCCCAUUUUGGCCUACUGUGUGAACCGUCAAGGGAAAAUGAAGGUCUCAUGCUCACCCUUCAGUCCUAUUGACAAUUUGAUUUUGUUGGGCACAACAUGGAUUAAAGUCUUUGUUACAAAACAAACAAAAAAGCAUCCUACAAUAACUCAUGUUUGAAACUAUUUGGCGCUGGCCCUGACUCCAAAGACUGCAUUUAGGACCAUAAAGAUGGCUUGUGCAAGCAGGCGUGUGGUCAUUAGAUUGUAUACUUCAUAUAUUCUGGGACCAUCUCUAAAGGAUGUGUCUAGAAAUUAAACAAAAUGGUGUAUGGUCCACAAAUGGUUGCUGCUCUUUUAUACUGUAUUAGCCAGCUGCCCUUCUUUGACUGUUUUGACACGUUGACUGUUAAAUAUUUCCCUUAAUUCAUGUUUUAGGAGUUGAAACUGUACUCUUGGGGGAAAAAGAACAAACAAGAAACUCAAUAGAUGUUUAAGAGCUGUCAUCGGGAUCCUUGGCACUUGAAUUCUCAGAACUUUGCAACCUUUGGUUCCAGUGAGAGAUUGAAUUUACUCAAAAGAUGCUGGUUUUCCUCACAGUUUUUGCAAAGCACUGUGAUUAUCAACUGAAUGCUUUUGGAACAGGAGGGAGAUACAAUGUCUGGCCCAUAUGGCAUGAAAUAUGGACCAAAAUCUAACCAUCUUUUAGGGGCAAUGAUGUAACAUUCAUGAUAAGAGGGAGAGAGAGAGCAAAAGUGAGUGUGAGGAAAAGAAAGGUAGAAGAGAAAGAAAGAAAAUUGAGUUUAUUCCAAAGAUUUAAAACUAACCAUGCUAUAUAUACGUAUGUGGAGCACUGCUUGCUGACAAUCUUGUAUUUCUCUGCUUCUGUGUUUGCAUACUUUUUGUGACAUUCCAUCCAGCUGUUCUACUGGGACUGGGGGCCCUAGAAUUCAAUUUGUAUUGGAAUAUAUAGAGCAUCCUGCCAGAUGUCUAAUGGAAACUGAAACUGCAGCUGUGUGAAACUGUAGAACAUCCAGUCAGUGCAUUACAUUAGAAAAAGGUUAACGGAAUCCUAGAAUUUCAUUACUGUGCCAUCCUAAAGUAUAUGCUCUCAAACUCACUGCUAUGGUACUCUUUGGCUGUGAACCUGCAUAAAUAUCUUUCCUUGACCUCUGAACACACCUGCCUUUAGACAUGCUAACAGUAACCUACGAAUCAUAGAUAUUUAGUGUCAGUUUAAGUAUCGGUUAUUCCAAUUUUCAUUUGUGGUCUUGUUGAUGUCUCAUUUAAAUAUGGCAGAACAAGGGCCCCAUGGAAAAUGAACAAACAUGCUGAAAUAUGUGAUUAUUUUGUUCUGGAGACAGGCUUACAUUUAAAUCCUGGGUCUAUCUAGCUAUAAAAACAUAGAAGAUAAGAGACUUAACCAGACUUUAGACUUAGCAGGCUCUUUCUGUUGCAGGUCUUGAACUCUGAAGCCAAAUUUUGGGCUUUGAGACCAUCUUUUCUGUUUCUUAAGGGAGGUGUUUUUCACAUGUAUGUGGUGUGUACUCUGUCUGCCUCUGCACUUCAGUUUUUGGGUUCUCAUUUGCAAGUGUCUUAAUCAUUACUAAAAUUUCAAACCUUAGCUUGUAUUUUGUAGGAGUCUCCAUUUUUGGAAAGGCACAUUCCAAGAGUCAUUUUUUACAAUGACAGCUUUUCUUUCCUUGCAGAUAUUUCAAGCUGUACACUUCAAAACUGAGUAAUGCAUCAUAUCUAGAUCCUUUCUGGCCUGUAUCUCCUUGCAGAAGUUGUAUAGAUAUUCUCUAUUUAUAAAUUAUGAGUAGAAAUAGGCUAAUAAGGAAAGGCAAAUCCAUUCUACAGGUCUUCUUUGGAAGCAAAACCAUAAAUAGAUGAUUUGGUAACAGCAGAACAGCAGCCAGGUAUUUCUGGCUUUUCUGUAGAAAUUCAAAUGUGAUUUCCAAGGCCAUGGAGCUGUAGAAUGAGAACAAAUUGAGACAAAUAUCACAGAAAAUAGUAUGCGUGGAAGAAAUGUCACUUUUUGUGAAGAGUAAAUAGCAUUUUGGAGCAGAGCAUAGAAUCAAUCAUAGGAGAAUGCAGGUGGGAGGGGAGCUCCAGAGGCCAUCUCAGCCAGCCUUUAACUAGAGCUGGGUGCUCAGGGCUAUGUCCAGUCAAUUUUUCAAUGCUACCAAGGAUGGAAAUUUUGCAGCUACUCUGUAUAAGCUGGUCUGGUAUUUGAUCACUUAAAUGGUUAAAAAAAAAAAA